AUGACACACUCUGAAUACAUUACUGGUAGUAAUAAGUCACCAACAACGAAUCGACUCUCACCUUCAGAGCUGAGUUAUGAUUCGGAAGAUUCAUCGACGUCACCAUCAACUCUCACUACCUCUACAGGUACUUCAUCAUCGAAGAAAAAACCAAAUCUUCGAAUUGAUAUUGGAAGUAACAAAACAGUGCCUCUUGCUCAUGUACCCAACAACAAUUCUCCUUUUACAAAACAACAAUCAACCAUGAAUCCCUCUAACGUUGUAAAUCAAUUAGAGACCCUAAUUGGAUCGAAAAAUGUCAAGCAUACAACAGCUUCCGAAAAUACUCCGACAAUUGACAAGUUUCAUAAUAAGGGUCGACAACAACAAGUUUCGAUUAAGGGAUUUAUGAGGCCUAAUUUAUAUGAAGAAGAUGUUUAUGAUUUUCUUUCAGAAUAUCCUGUAAGAAGUAGAUCUGUUUCUCCUCCACCAACAACAUCUCUAUUCUCACAUCACCAUAAAAAGAAAACACCAAUGAGUACUGAGAAGAAAUCUCCCAGUGUUCUUGUACAAGCGGUAGGAACUAAAACUCCAACAUCAGUCAAAUCAAAAGAUGAGGAAGAUACUGAUGACAAUUGUGUGACGCCUCCUCAAAGAAAAAGCUUUUCGAGGGAUGACGGAAUUUCUGAUGACGAAGAGGUUGAUAGCGACUAUGUGACACCACCAUCUGAUAUUCGUACCGUAUCCAUUACAGAGCCACAAACAGAUAAUUUCAGGUUGAUACGUCAACCUUUUUUACCAUUUAACGAUUUAUCGUCUCCUCUAUCCAUGAUGCGAAAAUGUCAAACUCCUGUGGCUGUAAAAACCAAAGCUGAAACUCUAUCUUCUUCUUUUGGUCAUAUUAAAUUUUAUGAAAGGCGAAGAAAAAGGUACUUGAUGAUGAUCACAGACAAAGAUUCAUCAGUAAUGGAGGAUGAGCUCAAUCUGUUGCGUGAAGAUUUUAUUGAGGCAAAAACAAACAUCAUGAGACGAAACAGAAAGAUUGAUCAAAUGACUUUCUCUGAUAUGGUAUACACAGAACAAUUUGAUAAGAAUCCCACUUCUGAAGAUGAUAGUUUUGAAAGUUGUACUCAGGACCAAACCAUUUUUUUAGGAAAGAAGUCAUACGAAAAGAUUGCACGCUUUUUAACAUCAAAAAUGAUGAUAUCACUCGACCAAUUGCACACAGAUUUGAAAGCUUUCAUUAUUGAGCUAGAAGAGGCUGCAGCGCUUCAGUUUCCUUCUUUGAGCGAAGAUUCUUUUGUUUUGGAAAUGAAAGAGAUUGCUCAUAGGAUUAUUGAAGCCGGACUUUCAGAACUUAUCAAACAAGUAUACAUGAAAGAUCUCAACGAUUUGCUUGUUAGCCUUCGUGAUUUACAUGCUGAGGCAGAUGAACAAGAUUUACCACGAAUCAAUUUUUCUCUUAAGGAGUUGAAGAAGCUAUUGUUCAUUUACAGUAGAGUGAACAGAAUCAUUGCAGUAUAUAAUAGGAUUCCUGAGCAUCUCAAGGUAUUGAACCUUCCUCAAGCACGAAAAAGAAGUGGUAGCGAAGCAAAAGGUAUUCCCAGAGUGAACACUCCUCCUGUUACUGAGCUUGCCCAUCUCAAAAAGCUAAGCUUGAAUCUUGAUUCUACCUUAGCCAAAAAAUCUGGAUCAUCGAUUGAUCUUCUUCAUAAUCCCUCCACAGCCGACAAACAAAAUCUACAAAUUACUAACUUAUUGAAAAAGUGGCAAGAAGAAAGUACUGUCAUUACUCCAAGAUCUGAACAAUCAACCAUGUCCUCUCCAACCCACACAACUUCUUCAUCAGUCACUUCCACUCCCAAAUCCCCUCAAGAUACUCUCUUUUGCAGAUAUGUGAAAAAUUUAUUGAUGUUGACACUUUUGAAGAGCAUACCCAAUCAUGUGCUAGAUCUCAUGAAUUAA